AUGUCUGUGAUGGUGGUGAGGAAGAAGGUGACUCGAAAGUGGGAGAAGCUCCCAGGCCGAAACACUUUCUGCUGUGAUGGACGAGUCAUGAUGGCCCGGCAGAAGGGGAUCUUCUACUUGACCCUCUUCCUCAUCCUGGGAACCUGCACACUCUUCUUUGCUUUUGAGUGCCGCUACUUGGCUGUUCAGCUAUCUCCUGCCAUCCCUGUCUUUGCCGCUGUCCUUUUCCUCUUUUCCAUGGCUACGCUGCUGCGGACAAGCUUCAGUGACCCUGGUGUGAUUCCCCGGGCCCUGCCAGAUGAAGCAGCUUUCAUUGAAAUGGAGAUAGAGGCAACCAAUGGCACGGUGCCACAGGGUCAGCGUCCACCCCCUCGAAUCAAGAAUUUCCAGAUCAACAACCAGAUCGUGAAACUGAAGUAUUGUUACACAUGUAAGAUCUUCAGGCCUCCCCGGGCCUCCCACUGCAGCAUCUGUGACAAUUGUGUGGAGCGCUUUGACCAUCAUUGUCCCUGGGUCGGGAAUUGUGUUGGCAAGAGGAACUACCGCUACUUCUACCUCUUCAUCCUCUCUCUGUCCCUUCUCACCAUCUACGUCUUCACCUUCAACAUCGUCUAUGUGGCCCUCAAGUCCUUGAAGAUUGGCUUCCUAGAGACGCUGAAAGAAACUCCUGGAACCGUGCUGGAAGUGCUUAUCUGCUUCUUCACCCUCUGGUCUGUUGUAGGGCUGACAGGAUUCCAUACUUUCCUGGUGGCCCUCAACCAGACAACAAAUGAAGAUAUUAAAGGUUCCUGGACAGGGAAGAACCGAGUACAGAACCCAUACAGUCAUGGCAACAUACUAAAGAACUGCUGUGAGGUGCUGUGUGGCCCUUUGCCUCCCAGUGUGCUGGAUCGAAGAGGCAUAUUGCCACUGGAAGAGACUGGAACUCGACCCUCAAGCACUCAAGACCCCAGUAGCGGCCCAUUUCCACAGAGUCCGGUGGUCCCCACAGAGCCAUUGAGCUCGAAUGAGCUGCCCCUGAAAGCCAGUGUUCCCGAGGAGAUGCACUCCAGUGUUCUGGCCCAGCAGGGUCCAGAAUCCCCAGAGACUCCUCAGGAGGCCUCUGGAGCUGAGAAGUAGCUUCUCUGCACAGCAGAGAGAGAGAGAGACCUGUGUUUUUUCUUUAAUGCAAGCAGAGAGUGAGUGAGGGGGAGAAGACAACCUUGAGACAGAGGGCAAGUGAGCCAUCCCUUUUGCCAUUUUUCUUUGGUCUCUGUUCACCCAAUUCUGGAUUGGAAUAUUCUCUAUGUGAGCUAUUUUUCCUGGACUCCAGGCAGUAACAGAGUGAUGUCCAUUGCCUAUAAGUAGCUUGAAACCUGGGUUUCGAGGGCCUCGGCGGCCUCAGAAUUCCCUUUGGAUCCCUCCUCUGGUUCCAUAGUAAGGGAAGCAGGGAAAGUUGUUGAUAUCCCAUUGCGUGUCCCUGAACCAGAGAUAGCCCCACAGGCCCCUGUCCAUAGAACCCCAAAGGGCCCAAAGUAGGGGCAAUUUGAGCCCUAUUUCUCCUCCAAGAUGGAGGAGAGGAAUGGGAGUGGGGGCAGAGCCGUGACUGGCAAACCUUUUCGUGCCAUUGGUGCCGUGCCAGCUCAUGCCUGUGGGGUGGGAUCCUUCUAUCUGGACACUUGUAUUUAUUAAUGUAGUUUCCUUCUUAAGUCCCCCUCCCUGAUCUCUACCUCUCUAACCUCCUUCUUUUUCAAUUAGAUAGAAGUUAGUAGGAAUAGUUAGUGAGUUAACAAUUUGCAGUUUUCAUAGCCCAACCCAAAACUUGGUAAUGUCUGUGCCACCCUCAGUAAGAAAUUGUGUGAUGCCAAUAGCUCAGCCCCGCUGUUCUCUCUGUCUCUCUGUCUCUUUCUCCCCCCUUUUCUAAUACCCUUUUCAGACUCCUGCUCCAUUUGGGAGCAGUAACGACAGUUAAAAAGUCUGCACUUUGGUGCCUCCUUUUCUGCAAGGGGUUUGCAAGUGCCCUAAAUGCCACCCCUUUUGCCCCCCGCCCCCUACUUCGAGUUCAGUCCAUGAGGCCUGCGGUGGUCUCGAGUGCACAAAUGAAUAAAUUGAGGCACAAAGGAAUGGCUUCAGAGCUGAGUGAGGAAGGGGAACCUGCCCCUGCCAGUUGACUCACAGGCCUUAGCCAAUGUUUCCUUCUCCCUCUCCCCUUGGGGCUAACUCUCAUAGCACUUCUGCUGGUCUCUGUAAAUGCAGAGACCUAGGAUGAUCCCCGCCCCCGCCCCCCCACCCCCCAGUGGUGGGCUGGGUCCCCCAUCCAGCAUUUGGGGGACCGGUUUUCUCCAGCCCUCAGCUGCGCUUCAGGGAUAAGGAUUUGUGUAUCAAAUGCAGCUGUGUUUCUGAGAGAGUCGAUGUUCUCCCUCCCUUUAUGAAUUGGGGUCCUGUGGAGAUGACUUUAGUGGGGAGAGGGUUAACCAGGGCUUUUUAUCUGUUUGAAGGUGAUUAAACUGUGUUGAUGCAAA